AUGGCAACUAAACCUGUUGGUUUUACAGGCUAUCCAAAGUCUCACCAAAAGUCCAGCUUUGAAGAAAAGUAUGCACCCAGUGGCACUGGGUCAGAAAACAGUAGUGUCCGGUCAGACAGUCCUGGUAUCAGUCCACUGCAAGCAAGACAUUCGCGGUACCCAAAUGUGAUCCGUGCAGCCAUUGGUCAAACAAGCACAAGGCAAUUACACAAUGGUCAGCAGACACCACCUCCAUUGCCUCCGCGGGGUAAUACAAGCAUCCCCACAGCUGUUGUGUCACCAAAUCCCCCUCGAGGACAAACUCCACCGCCACCACCCUCUUAUACAUCUUCAGAUGCAAAAAUCAACCCAUACCUCCAGACACAUCAGAAAUGGCACCAACAACCUCAGAACACAUCUGAUGUGCCGAAGACACAAGCACCACCCCCGCCACCUCAGCCGCAGCAGCAACAACAACAACAGCAGCAGCAACAACAACAACAGCAGCAACAAGCACCUCACCAGUAUGUUACACCUGGCCAUGUCCAGGAAAUGAUAAAAAGAAUGUCCCCAGGUCAACAUGAAAGUGCUUCCUGUAGCCAACAGCAACAUCAACAGCAACAACAACAACAAGCGAAAAUGUUCAAUGAAGCCCUUAUAAACUCUGGGCUUUGCCAGCAUAAAACCAAACCCGGAGACCCCUUGCAGCUCCCACACCAUUCAAUCCCACAGCAACUCGUACACCCGUGGAAGCACUGGGAAUCGCCCCAGCCGCCGCCUGCAUCACAGAGGCACUUAACUCCAACCGCUAGUGUAAACCCAAUACAACAGAGGGUAUCAAGUGCAAAUACAUACUCGCCCUUCCACAUACAAAAUGAGCAAUUGCAUACAACUAAUAUUCCUGGACUGUCACCACAGUUCCAAGGGUUGAAUAUUUCUCCAAACAACAUCCACGUCUCUACAGCACCAUCAAACCCAGCCUUAAAUGAGCAGCGAUUCCCCAAAGUUACCAUUCAGAUUCCUAAACAAGCCCACACGUUUUAUUUUCAGCAUGGCAAUGAGCGGUCGCAUAUGAUUUCAUCAAAGGUACAGAGGACUUCGCCGUAUGAAACGCAAAUAUCUUUGAGCUCCAACUGUAGCCCAGCAAGUAGUGAUAGCAUACAGAUAAACUUGCCCAAGGGUAAAGCUCCGUCCCCGCCCGUUCCUGUACAGGCUUGGGGAGCCAAACAACCGCCCAUUAUCAUGAAAUCAGUAAAGAGUCGUGAAGUUCAAAAACCCAAGCUUCAAACAGCCACCGCUCCGUUAUCUGCUCCGCUCUCAGCUGCACUACCCACACCUGUUUCAAAUUCUUCGCAAAGUUACAUUUCAUCAGUGGAAACUACAAUUAAUCCCCCACAAACACCGAAAAAUACUUCUCCUCCCAAACGUGAUGUACGUAUUAAAAUUCUGGUGCCGAACUCUUUACAGAUCGACAUCAAAAAUCAAGGCCAUCCUACGUACGCACAGACCCAAAUGCCAAGUUUACACUUUGACCUUUUUCAAAAGCCUCCCCCAUCAGACACGACCUCAUCUACCCCGAGGUCAGACUCGCCUGUCUCUCGGGCAACCAACCAGUCACCUAUGUCGAUGCAAUCUAAUACAUCUGUACAGUCUACCACCUCCACCCCAUCUAGUGGCUCUGAUAUUCCCUCAAAGCCUCCUCCUCCAUACCCAGGUCGAGUUUUAAACAUAACUCAAUCCUCUUCACCCCCAGUGCUGUCUCAGACACCUGUUCAGCCAAUCCCGCCCCUUACCCAAUGUCCAGUUGAACCAAUACCUCAGAAGCGGGUGCAGCUGACAACGCAAAAUACUUCCACGUCGUCCUCCUCUUCCCAUCCGCAAAGUUUCACCCCUCCAUUGGACUCAUCAGUGGGUGCUCCUAACAAAAAUUUGGACAAUGAAGAGAAGGAUGAUUGGUCUGAGCAAGUGUCAGAGACUGAUUUGACCACAAACGAGAUACAAGAGGAGACACACAGGUGCACAUCACCAAUUCCUGAGUGGAAAUAUGAAAACCGGUCACCUGACCAGGAACGCGUGCGAAACUAUUCACCGCAAGCGUAUAAAUUCUUCAUGGAACAACAUGUGGAGAAUGUGAUGAAAUCUACAACCCAACGUCUCCGAAGGCGUCUCUUACUGGAGAGCGAGAUGAACAAGGUGGGCCUAUCAGUGGAUGCCCAACACCAAAUGCGCAAGAUCCUUCACCAGAAGGAAUCCAACUACAUCCGUCUAAAGAGAGCCAAGUUGGAGAAGCACAUGUUUGAGAAAGUCACCACUCUGGGAGUUGGGGCUUUUGGGGAGGUAGCUCUUGUCCGCAAAAAGGAUGUGGGACAGUUAUACGCUAUGAAGACCUUGCGUAAAUCUGAUGUAUUGCAGCGUAACCAGGUCGCCCAUGUCAAAGCUGAGAGGGAUAUUUUGGCUGAGGCUGAUAACGAAUGGGUGGUCAAGCUGUAUUAUUCGUUUCAGGACAAAGACAAUCUUUACUUUGUGAUGGAUUAUGUUCCUGGUGGCGAUCUGAUGGGACUUCUUAUUAAGUUUGAGAUUUUUGAAGAAGAAUUGGCCAGGUUCUACAUAGCAGAACUCGUUUUAGCGAUUGAAAGUGUUCAUAAAAUGGGUUUUAUACAUCGGGAUAUUAAACCCGACAAUAUUUUGAUAGACAGGGAGGGGCAUAUAAAGUUGACCGAUUUUGGUUUGUGUACAGGGUUUCGAUGGACCCAUAAUUCUAAAUAUUAUCAAAAAGAUGGAUGUCAUCCGCGUCAAGGCUCAAUGGAAGUUGUAUUGAAAGAUAACCAGUGUAGCUGUGAUCAACCAAAACCAUUGGAAGUGAAACAACAAGAACAGAAACAACGUUGCCUUGCCCACUCAUUGGUUGGCACCCCAAACUACAUUGCACCUGAAGUUCUUCUUCGAACUGGUUACACAAGAUGUUGUGAUUGGUGGAGUGUUGGGGUCAUUUUGUAUGAGAUGUUGGUAGGGCAGCCUCCGUUCUAUGCUCCACACCCAGCAGAGACUCAAUAUAAGGUGAUACACUGGAGAGAAAAUUUACAUAUUCCGCAAAAUAAACUGUCACUUGCAACUAUUUUUUCUUUUCUUUUCUUUUUCUUUUUCUUUUCUCUUCUUUUCCUUUUCUUUCCCUUUAUCUUUCCUUUCCCUUUAUCUUUCCUUUCCCUUUAUCUUUCCUUUCCCUUUAUCUUUCCUUUCCCUUUAUCUUUCCUUUCCCUUUUUCUUUCCUUUCCUUUCCUUUUCCUUUUUCUUUUUCUUCCCUUUUUCUUUCCUUUCCCUUUUUCUUUCCUUUCCCUUUUUCUUUCCUUUCCCUUUUUCUUUCCUUUCCCUUUUUCUUUCCUUUCCCUUUUUCUUUCCUUUCCCUUUUUCUUUCCUUUCCCUUUUUCUUUCCUUUCCCUUUUUCUUUCCUUUCCCUUUUUCUUUCCUUUCCCUUUUUCUUUUUCUUUCCCUUUUUCUUUUUCUUUCCUUUCCCUUUUUCUUUCCUUCUUUCUUUCUAUUUAA